AUGGAUCCUACUCCUAAAGAGCUAUCGAAGAUAGCAACAACGCAAGUUGAAAGCGACAACUCUAGCCCUAGAGUCGAAGGGGACAAGGGUGAUGCCACACAAACAGCAGCCAAAUCUCCUUUUGUACCAGUCCUUCUUAAUAGUGUUGGUGAACCCACAUACCACCUAAUAUCUGCAAAGGGUUUGGAGAAAAGCUCAAUGAGCGAAAUUAACCAACCGAUUGCUGAGGAGUGUGAGACUUCGCCACCAAAAAUCACCAUCCAACACUCCCAUACCAGUGGUUCUGAUCAUGAAAUUGACUCAAGUAGAGAAACCCAAGCUGAAGUCAACAAAGAUGCUAUGGUGGUGGAUGAAGAAGUCUAUGACUCUGGAGGUGGCUCGCCUGAUGUCGAUGGUACAAACAAUACUGUUAUGGCAGGUAAUGACGACCAAGAUGAGGAGAUGAGAGAAGAAGAAGAAGAGGAAGAAGAAUACCAGUCAUUAUUCCAUGAUGGACGUAUUGGUGAGGAUGAUGAGGACCUCGAAGAGGAGGAUAACAAUUGUGAUGGGAACAAGGAUGAUAACAUCAAGACAAAUGAAGGACAACCUUAG